UGCUUUAAGACACGGGUGAAUUCGGUAGUGUGAAUUCGUUUUAAUUAUUGGCACACUAAAAAGUACUCAAAUAUGUUCAAAUGCAUAAAUAAUGCUUUAUUGUUGUAAAGGUUUUAUAUGGCCCGAGCAAUUCUUGAAUCAUAACAGGUAAGAGAGGUAGACAAUUACGAAGAUUCGAGGGGUUAGUGUGAAAGGAUUCAGAGAAUAAAGGUAUAAGUGAAUCCGCUCCCUUCGAUGUUCACGUAUGGAUGAUACGCAGCUGUCCGUUUUCACCCUCACGUAGAUGUUUCAAAUCAAUAUUUGACACUCUCUCCCCUCCUCCCCCCCAGCCAACACACACACACACACACACACACACACACACGGUGAUAUCUCCACCAACCUUGUAGCUUAUUGAUUUUUUGUCCGAGAUAACUACACAGGGUUUUCAAAAUGACGCAUACACAAUAAUACGGAAAAUUUGGCAACACUGUAAGUACGUUUAUCUAAUGAAUACAACAAAAACAAGCCUGUUUAAUAGUCAUCAGCUGUGGUUCGGCAUCCUGAUUGUUAAUGUUAUUAUUAUUUUGAGUGUUCGUGAUAAGUAUUCGUAAAAUACGCCAUUAUUCUUAAUCUCCAACAUCUUCUUUAUACAUUGGAAAUUGUAUUUUCAUUAUUAAUAUUGUGUUUUAUUUACUUUUGUGAACAGUAAAUCAGAAACAUGAAUAUCAACAUGUUGUAUGGCGGUGACGAAAUCGGCGCGAUCGUGUUCGACUUGGGAUCGGAAUCGAUCCGCAUCGGCGCCGCCCAAGAUGAUGCCCCAAAAUCGGAAGUGCCGUCCAUGGUUGGCAUAUUGAACGACGGCACACCAGAUACGAGUGCGUUGGAACCAGGUGCGAAAUCCGGCAGCCGGAUCAAUGGAAACACGAAAUAUUUCAUUGAUGUUACAUCGUUGCGCGUCCCUCGUAAAGACAAAGUAGUGAAAAACUGUAUGAAAGACGGCAUGAUAGAUGAUUGGGAUCUAUUCGAAAAGAUUAUUGAUUAUUCUUACUCAAAGUGCUUACACACAGAGCCAAAGUAUCAUCCAGUAUUAUUUAGUGAAUCACCAUUCAAUACAAAAUCCAAAAGGGAGAAACUGGUGGAAUUAAUGUUUGAAAAAUAUCAUGUGCCGGCUGUUUAUCUUUGUAGAAAUGCUGUCUUAGCUGCAUUUUCUUGUGGCCGUCCUACUGGUCUUGUUAUUGAUAGUGGCGCAAUACAUACAUCUGCCAUUCCCGUGCACGACGGGUAUGUAAUACAAUCUGCCAUUGUCAAAUGUCCUUUUGGUGGAAAUUUCAUUAGUAUGCAAUGCAAAGAGUUCCUGGCUGAAAAUAAUAUCGAUGUGACACCACAUUACAUGAUUGACAAAAAAACAAUAGUAAAAGAAAAAGAAAAACCAGUAUGGAUAAAAAAAAGGACACUACCAGAAGUGACGGACUCGUGGUAUAAUUAUAUGUGUAAUUCAGUUAUUCAAGAUUUUCAGCAUUCUGUGUUGCAAGUAUCUGAAACUCCAUAUGAUGAAAAAAUUGUAUCGACUCUACCAACUUCUCAUUAUGAGUUUCCUAAUGGCUACAAUCAAGAGUUCGGCAAUGAAAGAUUCAAAAUACCAGAAAUGUUAUUUGAUCCUAGCCCUAAUAUGGGUGGUUCUAUGUUAAGCAUGAGCCAUAUUGUUGUCACUAGCGCAGGGAUGUGUGAUGUGGACAUAAGACCUACGUUAUAUAAUAACAUUGUUGUCACUGGUGGAAAUUCAUUGAUACAAGGUUUCCCAGAGAGAUUAAAUCGAGAUCUCACAGCUCGUGUACCACCUAGUAUGAGAUUGAAAAUGAUUUCACCUAAUGGAUCUGUUGAGAGACGAUUUGGUGCCUGGAUUGGUGGUUCAAUAAUAGCAUCGACCGGAACAUUUCAACAAAUGUGGUUUAGCUGUCAAGAAUAUAAUGAAGGAGGCAAAGGUCAAAUUCAUACCAAGUGUAUUUAAUUAUGUCAAUAUGGAGAGCCCUAGCUAGCCCACAUUUACUAAAAUUACAACUUAUUUUUUCUUAAGUCUCGUUUGAUCUCAGAUUGUAAGCAUACAUUUUUAUUGAAUAAAAAUAUUAAAACAAAAUAGGUAUGUUAUAUAAAAAAAACUAUUGGCACUUAAAAAUAAUUCUUGUAUAAACAAAUAAAUAAAUAAUAUAUGAAUUAACAAUAAAUAAUUUUAAACAUCAGGACAUAAUAUACUAUUAUGUCUAUAUAGUGCAUUAUUUCACAAACGAUUGAUUAAUACUGUAAGGUACCUGUUUAGUGAGCAAUCUAGUGGUUACAUCUAAAAUAUUCUGUGAGCAAACGAGUUCAGAGUUUAAUUGGAAAAUUUUAAAAUGUGCGUAAACUAUUUAUGACCAAUAUAGUAUAAUAACUUGAAUUUUUUUUACCUACAUUUUUAUACUAAAUUUUACUUAAAAUAAAACAUUUGUAUGUGAAAAAAAUGUAUUUAUUCUUUUCUACAAAUUUAAGAGAAAACUGCUUAAAUCACUUAAAAUAAUUUAAUUUUUAUUUACACAAAAAAAACUUAUAAUUAAAUAUUAUGUUUUAAUAAGUUUA